AUGCGUGCGUAUUGCUACUAAAAGGUGAAAACAGAAAACAAGACAAUAAUUAAAAGAUUGUUAUAUAUGGAAAUAAAAUUUAUUUAAUUUUAUAUUGUAUUUGUAUUAGUAUGUGUGGUUGGCGAGCAUUGUUGAAUGUAGAGGGAAGAGAUGAGGAAUUGAGCCCUAGGAGUAGAAAUGUUGGAAUGUUAGUGGGAAGGAAAAGGUGAAGAAGAUGAGUUCCGCAACUGUGGCGCCGAACGUGUGGUUGGGUUGUUGGAGGUGGAAACUUUGUUACUAUUACACUUGCACUUACCCAGUAACCGGAUUGGUUGCGCCUACGCGCAAUUGCUAUCACAAUCGGAAGCUCUUUGAUCAAAGAAGGUUUUGUAUUAAAGCUGCAAAUGCAAAUGCAAAUGCAAAUGCAAAUUCAAAUUCAAAUGAUUGUUUUGGAGAAGAGGGAGGGGCCUUUGAUCCCGAGCUACGGUCGGUGCUUGAACUUGCAACAGAGUCGGAGUUGUAUGAGAUUGAAACAAUCCUUUUCGGGCCGAGCUACUUGAGUCCUUUGCUCAAAUCCGUCAAAUUCACAAAUACAACUACACUGGAGGACCUCGACCGAUCCAUGGUCGGAGUCGACCUUCAACUACGCCAACAAUUUAUAGCAGCUCUCGAAUCCCGAUUUUUCUUCCUUGCCGCUGAUGCACGCUCUACAUUAAGGGGUUGGAGGCCAUCUUAUAGAAAUGUUUUGCUUCAACUUAGGAAAAAAUUGAAUAUUCCUUGCUCCGCCCGAUUGUCAACUCAAGACCUUGAACUAGAAAUUUUCCUCCACCUUUUGCACUACAAUUCAACCAAAGAUCCAGGCUUGUUGGACGGAUGCACUGCACCUGACGGUCGGGGCAGUCUACAACUUGGACUCAGUCAAUGGAAAGUGCAGUCAGGAGUUGGGGCAGAAGACUUUCGAUCAAUUAUUUUAAAGGGCGGUGGUGUAUUUACAUUGGCAAAGAUAUAUCAACUGUUAGUGAGGAAAUUAUCUGGGAAAGUGCUUGUAGAAGCUGCUAACUACCAGGUUAAGAAAGAACUAAUGAAGAAGGGUGGACAGUUAGCUAUGAUUAAUCUAGAAUCCACAGCAGCCCUGCUUGCAGCAAAACAGGGUUUUCUUGGUGCUGCAUCAAGAUAUCUGGGUUUUAGAAGCAUGAGCACAUUACUUGGACCUGUGCUAUGGGGAACAUUUUUGGCUGAUCUUGUCAUUCAAAUGCUUGGAACAGAUUAUGCUAGAAUCUUGCGAACAAUUUAUGCUUUGGCUCAGAUUCGAGUCAUCCGCACAUAUAGGCUGCCAUCUGAUGUUACUGAUGAAUAGAGAGUUUUAUUUCAUGGAUUUAGUGUGGUCGAGGAUUAUGUUGGAUUUUGAACCUCGUUAAAGCUUUUGGAGGAAUGUCGUGUUUGGGUAAACAGUUUCAAAACAAGACAAGCUCCCCCCUUAAAAAUUUGUAAAUAACUAGAUAAUGGUCUUUGUACAUAAUUUUUUUAUUGCUAUACUCAUCCUUGCUCUGAACAUUUAUUGACUUUUGGUAGAUAAUUCAAAGA